AUGUCAUCUUACAGAGCAACGAGGACGGCCUUGCGUGCCGUCGCGCGCACAUCCAGACCCGCUACCCGGCCCGUGACGGCGCCCCUCCAACAAUCGCGAACCUUUGCGAGCGUCCAACCCGCCGCUGGUCUUCUCCAGCAAAGUCAUCUUCCCCGGCGCAUAACCCGCGAGCACCCCCAGCAGCAAGCCGGCGCACGGCGGUCCCCCUUCGCCGGCCGCGAGGGCGGCAUCCGCACCAUCUUCAUCCAGACCGAGCAGACGCCCAACGCCGACGCCAUCAAGUUCCUCCCGAACCACCGUAUCCUGCCCGAGAACAUCUCGACACCCUUCAUCGAGUACCUCAACCCACGCUCGACCAUUGCGCCCCCCUACCCCUCCCCGCUGGCCGCCCAGCUCAUGAACAUUGACGGCGUUACCUCUGUCUUCUACGGCGCCGAUUUCAUCACCGUCAGCAAGGCCGCCGACGCCAACUGGGCCCACAUCCGGCCCGAGGUGUUCGCACUCAUCACCGAGGCCAUCACCUCGGGGCAGUCCAUCGUCAACGUCGCGGAGAAGAAGGAGGGCGGCGUCGCCGGCGAGGAGCAGCAGCAGCACGGCGAAGAGGACAGCCUGGCCUAUGACGAGAACGACAGCGAGGUCGUGGGCAUGAUCAAGGAGCUGCUUGAGACGAGGAUACGCCCCGCCAUCCAGGAGGACGGCGGCGACAUCGAGUUCCGCGGCUUCACCGACGACGGCAUCGUCUUGCUGAAGCUCCGCGGCGCCUGCCGGACGUGCGACUCCAGCACGGUGACACUGAAGAAUGGCAUCGAAGGCAUGCUGAUGCACUACAUUGAGGAGGUCAAGGGUGUCCAGCAGAUCCUCGACCAGGAGGAAGAAAUCGCGCUCCAGGAGUUUGCCAAGUUUGAGGAGAAGCUCAAGGCCCAAAAGGGCCACGAGGCGACCGCCGCAUGA